AAAGUAUAUUUCCUUUUUUUCAAUGAGCGAUACUAUGAGUGGUUCUUUUUAGACAUCUUUGAGGAUCUCCAUAAUCCUGUUUGUGAAGCUGGAGCGCUUCUGCGUGGGUUGGCGAAGCGCAAGGAUAUUGUUCAGCCUGUUCUUGCUUUUGCUAUCAAUGUACUGACACGAUCGACUAACCCGCGUGAAGUUGAAGGAGCGCUUCGUAUGAUUGGAGAGCUUGAAGCGCAACUGACAAAAAGUCGAAAGUACAAAGGAGAUGUGGAACGCAUGCUGGAUACCCUGUGUACUAAUCGCCUGAAUGACCCGAACAAGUUCGUCAAAGCUCGUGCUGCGUGGUGCUUCAGGCAAUACAGUGACGCUAAUUUUCGUACGACGGGUAUUCUUCAAAAGGCUAUUGAUGGCCUCAUUCGUUGUCUCUGUGAUCCAAAUGAGGAGCUACCGGUGAAAGUGGAGGCGGCGUUGGCCAUCCAGGGCAUCCUGAAAGAUCAAGAGAAGGCUCACGCCCUUCUGGAGCCUUCUGUGAGAGUUAUCAUAGUUCAAGUACUAGAACUGGUUGCGAAGACCCAGGUUGAAGAUGUGGUUCGAGUAUCCAACCUCUUCUUGGAAAUCAUCACUAGCCCUAAUGCAAGCGAUCAAACUCACUCACUGCUGUCCAUUCUACCUACUAUGAGCAACAUCCUUGAUGUGGUGGAAGAUCAUCGUGAGAUUAUGGUAGCUGUUGAACCAAGUGUCCUGAGAUGUGAAAAAUAUAUAUUCACUGAGCAAAAAAUUGAUUUCUACUGUGAUAUUAUCGUGCUUAUGCAAUCACUUCUGACAUCGUAUGUUAGCGAGCCUAUGUGGGCUGUAUUCAAUGAUCUGUACACAAUGUACAAAAAUAGUGACCAUCGAAGUGUGCUGCCGUUUGCAGAUGUUUUCCAUGUUCUUCACUUGUAUGUUGUGACUGAUACUGAAAGCUUCCUCGCUUUCCCUGAACGUUUGAUGGCCUUCCUGGAUAUGUGUACGAUUUCUUUGCAGGAUGAGGAUGACGGUGAUGAAAAUCAUUUGUUUGCCGCGAAACUUCUGGAAAGUAUCCUUCUCCAAUGCGGAGGACCUGCUGCUCAAAUGGUUUCUCCGGUCAUACCAAAUAUCCUUAUGUUGGUACUUGGACGCCUUAAUCAACCGUUUGCAGAUGGUCUCUCUGAGUUGAAACCUCUGCUUCUUCUCGUAAUUGUCGCUGCCUUAUACACGUCUCAUGAAGUCGCCUUGCAUGCUUUAGCUCAACUAGCACCGAAUCAUCCAAAUCCUCUUGAUUAUGUCUGUGAUGAGCUGUUAGCUUGUACAAAGGACAUUAAGGGUGUCCAUAACAGGAAAAUGGCUCUCUUUGGGAUUUGUGCCUUCUUUGGCCUGCCUAGGGAAGCAAGACCAGCUACCGUCAAUACAAAUCCUCAAAAGGUAAUUGAUGUGGCUAUUACACUUUUUGAAAAUCUUCAACGUACCCUGAAGGCUCAAGCUGAAAAUCGAAACGACGAUUCUGAUUCCGAAAGCGAUGAUGACACGGACACCUCGAAGAAGAAGAAGAACGCCAAUCGCCGAAAACUUCCAGAGCAUUUAUCUGAUGAUGACGAUGAAAUCGACGAGCUGACCUUCGACUACAUCGAUGCUAUGUCGAAGGAUAUCAAGGCAAUCAGUGGAGGUAACAUUGAGGAUGGAGGUAGCGACGACAGCGAUGAUGGAUCAUCGUUCUGCGAGGAAACAGAUACUGAGCAAUUCAAAACGUCCUUCGACGAAGAAAAUGCUCCAGAUGUGUUCGUAUACUUCAAAAACACCAUGGAAAAGUUCGAGCAGACUGAGCCGGAAAUCUUCCAAACCAUGGUUCAGAACUUGACUGCUCAACAACAGACUUCUCUUAAAGAACUUAUUACGAUUUGUGAACAACAUGUGAAAUCAGAGGAGUCGAAACAGGUGGAACAAGCUGGUGGAUAUGACUUCAAGGCUGCCGCAGCAGUGCCGGCGGAGUUUAAUUUCGCAAAGUGA